AUGUCGACCUUGUCCUUCGUCCGCUUUUCGUUGAUUUCCAUCUUUGCAUGGCUUCAGUUUGUAGUGGCGCAUCCUGUCUUGAGGGACGUCGGUUCGUUGGGUCCGUUUGCCAAUAGGGGGGAAGGCAAAUAUACCCUCGAUCUUGAUGUGUACCAUCGACAGGUCAAACCUAUUUUCAUCAAGAGAUUCCAAGGGGCGUUCAGCGACUUUACAUCCAAAUGCGGUACCAAUCCAGACUUCGAGAUCGAUAGGAAAGGCAUAGUGAAUCCGAAUGCUGUGAAAGGGAAAGACCUUUGCACCAAAAAGCGGUUCAGUCUUGAUCUUGGGGAUGUUGUUUUGGCCCAUCAACUUAUUUCCGACAACGAGGACGACAAUUCGGCUGUGGACUUCUCCGGUCCAGCCGUCCAAAACUUACUUGAGGUGCUAGCGACAUGGGGUACAGGUAUCUACCCAGCAUGUGUUUCCUCAUUUCAAUCCCUCACGCUACAAUUUCUAGGCAAAUAUACCCUCGAUCUUGAUGUGUACCAUCGACAGGUCAAACCUAUUUUCAUCAAGAGAUUCCAAGCAGCGUUCAAGGACUUUACAUCCAAAUGCGGUACCAAUCCAGACUUCGAGAUCGAUAGAAAAGGCAUAGUGAAUCCGAAUGCUGUCAAAGGGAGAACCCUUGAUCUUGACGUACACCAAACUACUAGGUUCAAUUCCGCCCUCGAUCGCGCCAGUGCUUGGAUCUUGUCAGCCUGGAUCUAG